UCCUCCUGAAAAGGGGGCUGAAAAGUGAGAGAGGCUUAAUUGAGAGGAGGGCUUAAAAGUGAAUUUACGGUAGUUGCUUUUCCAUACUUUUCUCAAAUUUUUCCAAACUUCUAUGAGCAAAUAUAUCCCUUGCUUGCCCUCACCUAAUGUGUGACAAAUUGCUCACGCUUUGUUGCUUUAUUUCUAUCAAAGGAUUGCUUUUGUUAUGAUGUGCACAUCUCCUUUACACGUGGGGCAGCGAGAAGCUCUAUGCAUUCAGGCGAACUCUUUUGAGAUUUAAGAUAUCCACCCAUCUAACAACGUUUUUCUGAAAAUACUGACACUAGAGCACGUUGGUUUGCUAAAAUACAAGUAGGCCUAAGCAACACUUCAUUGUCGAAAUGAAAAACGAAACGCGAACUGAAAUAGGCUUAGGGGAAAAUUUUACUUCAACUCUGAGGAAUUUCACAAACUCUGUGAAUGGCUCAUUGCAACCUACAACACCAUUCAUAAUGGAAUUAACACAACCAAGAACAUCAAAAUAUCAACGGAUUCUGUUAGGACUGCUAGAAAGAAAAUCAAAUAUCACAAAUGAAACAGACCUUUUGCGAAACCAGUCGAGAUCAAGUGAUGUGCCCGCGGACAAGUCACAAAAAGUGGUUGCUUUAACAGUUCCAUUGGUUCUCUUAGGAGUUUUCUUGGUACUAGUGGUCAUAUGUCACCGAAUUGAUACCAUUCGUAGUAAACGAAGAAAUAAAAAGCAGCAGAUGAAAGCUUCUAAAGGCCUAAAAUGUUCGGAAACAGAGCAAGCAGUUGAGGAGGUAGGCCAAGAUGUGAACAGGAUGCUGCUUAUUGAGCGACACAAAGAGAUGAUGAGAAACAGAGUUAAAGAAAGCAUCGGAAAACUGAAUCAUGGACUUUGCCAAGAAGUUGGAGAAGACAAGGGACGCUGCAUGUGCAGAUUGAAGAGAUGUGCUCAUUGCUUGGGCUACGAAGCUAAGAGAAUUCAAUGGCAAGAUUUGGUGCAAAAAAAAGCGAACGAAGCGAAUUUUGAUUGCAAGAAUGCAGCGACACAGACAUGGCUCCCGAUGCAUUGCAAGCUCAAAACUGCACCACAGUCCUCACACAAAGAUGGCAGCGUCUCACAGAGAAUGCUUUCCACAACUAGACAGUUUGUUGUCGAAGCUGACUCUGUUUUUGGCAGUGAAGUCAGUUCAAAACCACAUUUCCCUUCCUCUGCCAGCAAUUACACUGACAGCAAAACUAGCGACUUUCUUUCUUCAAUAAGAGAAGUUUCUGGUAGCUUUUAUUUCUCUGCAACAAGCGGGCAAAACGCAUCAGAAUUCAACGAAGUCGGUUCCGCGGGGCCUUCGGAAGAGCGAUCAAAACACAGACAUACGAGGCAACGAGGUUUAAGAAAGCAGUUUGUAAGCGAGGCACAAUUGCUUUCUGGAGACGAAGACUGGAUCUAAAAAGAAAAGGGCAGGAGGAGAACUAAGACU